AUGAUAGGAACACCAAAUUUGUUGUUUGUCAAGCCAAAGCCUCCUGUACUUCAGGUUAAAGAAGUAGAGAUAAAAAAAUGUUCUACUUGUAAUGUUACAUUUUUUGAUUCUUCUUCACAAAAAUCACAUUUUAAAUCUGAAUGGCAUUUAUAUAACAUCAAGAGAAAAAAUUCACAAUUACCUACCAUAACUGAAGAUGAAUUUUUAUCAUUAAAAAACCAGAUCCAAGAAAUGGUUUCAGCCAAAAAUAUAAAGAAUACGACCAGAAAUGGUAGUUCCAACACAAUAUCAUCGGACUUGAAGUCUGAUUCUGGAAGUAGUUCUCUGAGAAACUCAGAAAUAGCUUUAAAAUCGAAAGUUUUUGAUCAAAAUAGAUGUUUAUUUAACGAUGUUGUUAGUAAAUCCAUCAAUGACAAUGUUAGGUAUAUGGAGAAGCACUAUACAUUCUUUCUACCAGAAAAGGAGUACAUCUCAGACUUGGAGGGACUCUUGAGGUAUUUACAUAACAAAAUAUACCAUGAAAACAAGUGCCUUUAUUGCGAUAAAUCUUUUCUGGACCACUACGCGACUCUACAUCACAUGGUUGAUAAGCAGCAUCACAAGAUAAACGACGACCACUUCCAUGAAAUCAGCUCUUUCUACGAUUUCAUUGAUUCUUACGUCAGCUUGAUUGUCGAUUCCAAGAAAUCUUCAAGUUCGGACACAUCUUCACUUAAAACUCAUGAUAGUCAUGAUGAUGACUGGGAAGAUAUCAUCUCUAGCACCAAUAGUCCAACAAGCGUUGAAAGUUUACUAUCCAGUUAUGGGUUCAAAAAGGCACACAUAAUGGAAAAUGGAAAUUUGAGUCUACCUAAUGGAAAGGAGGCCGUCCAUCGCGAACUUUCAUACGUUUACAAGCAAAAUCUUGUGGUACAUAACCCAUUUGCUCUUAAAAACAAGCAGAAUAACUUCAAGUUUAAAAAUAAGUCCGAGAAGAAGCAAAUAAUCAUGUCUCAGAAGCAGGCAGAGUAUAGAAUGGGUAAAAGGGAUUUAAAUAUAGCAUUAAAGUCCUACAAGCUGUUUGUGCCGGUUCGUCAGGACAUAUGCUUCGUUUAA